AUGCCGUCCUAUCAGGACUACUUGCCGCGCAAGGCCAUGAUCCCCGCAUGGCGGCCCUCGCUGCCCGUGCUCGUGCCUCACAAGGUCCGCAGAAAGUGGCGCGCGACCAAAUCCAAGAUCCGCAGCAGACAGUCGCCCACCUCGGUCGUCGCCUCGCUCGAGACGUCGCUGUCGCCCUCGGACACGCUGCGUUCGCUGCGUGCCCACCAGUGGUCCCACUAUGACGCUCAGUACCUCUUUCUGGUCAUUGUCGGCAUCUUCGCCCUGUCCGUCAUCGAGGAGCCCGGCCCCAUCUUCAAGACGUUUGUGGCCUCGCUGCUGAUGGGCUCCAUGAUCAUCCCGGCGACGAGGCAAUUCUUCCUGCCCUUCCUGCCCGCCAUCACCUGGCUGGUCCUGUUCUACUCGUGCCAAUUCAUUUCCGGCGAGUACCGCCCGCCCAUUUGGGUGCGCGUCCUUCCAGCGCUCGAGAACAUCAUGUACGGCGCGAACCUCAGCAACAUUCUCUCGGCACACAAGCACGUGGUUCUGGAUGUGCUGGCGUGGAUUCCCUACGGAAUUACCCAUUUCGGUUCUCCGUUCGUGUGCUCCGCCGUCAUGUUCAUCUUCGGCCCGCCCGGCGCGCUGCCCGUCUACGCCCGCUCGUUCGGGUACAUGAACCUGACGGGUGUCAUCAUCCAGCUAUGCUUCCCGUGCUCUCCGCCUUGGUAUGAGAACAUCUACGGCCUCGCCCCCGCAAAUUACGGAAUGCCCGGCAGCCCAGCUGGUCUGGCAGCCAUCGACAAGCUCCUUGGUCUGGACCUCUACACCUCCGCCUUCACCGCUUCCCCCAUGGUUUUCGGCGCGUUCCCGUCACUGCACUCGGGCUGGGCCACGAUUCACGCGCUCUUCCUGACCUACGUCUUCCCCAAGAUGUGGCCCGUUUUCACCGCGUACGUCAUGUGGCUGUGGUGGUCGACCAUGUACCUGUCGCACCACUACGCCGUUGACCUCGUCGGUGGCAGUCUGCUUGCCGGUGCCAUCUUCUUCGUCGCAAAGCAAAAGUUCCUCCCUCGCGUGCAGUCCGAUAAGACCACUAGGUGGGACUAUGACUUCACCGAGCUUGGCGAGUCGCAGGAAUACGGCCACGUCAUGACGCAUUUCUACGAGGAGUUCCACCCCACCUCGGACAGCGACGAGUGGACGAUCGGCUCCUCGUCCUCCAUCUCUUCGGGCACCAGGAGCCCCUCGAACGGACCCCGCAGCCCUAUUGAUUCUGAAGGCUGGGAAGGCGACACCCUCGCCUCGGCCUCGGACCACGAGCGUGAAUAUCGGUAA